UAAGAUGAGAAAACUCUGAACUCAUAAAUAUUUCAGCCUCUGAAAUGAGCCGGCCACUGGAUGCUCAUCUGCCGGGGAGCGUUGCCUUCUGAUUAUCUAAGCCCAGCCUGACACGAUAUUAACCUUGGGAUGAAAGAGCGGUCCCCCUCGGAACCCGUUCUCCCGCUGCAGCGCGUGCCCCUCCUCUACGAAGGAUUUUGUCGGAUUGAUUGAUGCCACUCAGCUAAUAGCAAUCCAUAGGGGACGGAGUCCGGACGUUUGGUUUUGAAGAGCACGCCGAUGCUAAAAUCGGAACAAAAAGAGAAAUGUAGCUGGCGUGCGCACUAGUGUAGGAGAUUUAGAGAGGUGUGGAGAAGAUCACAAUAUCCCAUAUUUUACUUUAAAAUGACGUCACGGGGGUGUCAAGCGAAGCAGGACUGGCGGGUUGUUAGUCAGACGGAGCGAGGCACGCGAAGAGGUUGGCAGUACAGCGCGCGGCGUACAUUGCGCACUCUUUCUAAAUGUUAAGGUUUUUUUUCUCGCGUCCUCUGGCCGCACGCGGCACCGCGAGUCUGCACACUCAGACCUCUCAGUCCUCCGCGUCUCUUGCGCGUUUCAUUAUUUCAUUCUACUGAGUCUUCAAAAACACGCGAACUAUCGAAUUUGUGCCACGGCUGAUCAUGCUAGGCGCUUCGAGGAGCGUCUACGAAUUGUUCUUAUUUAAGUCUAUGGGCUGGGCAUUUUCCCGGAGCUUUUUGCGCGGUUCUACUACACAAUAAUGAGCAGAAGUGCGUGGACAUUUUUCAAGCUGAAACCCACGGGAGAUUUCUACGGUUCACCUUGCCGACCUGGUGAUAUUUCCGUUGCUUUUUGACUUUCCGGUGGAGUAUAUUCCAGUGAUUUCAUAAACUUUGAUCUAUACAAGAGGUUAGGAGACAGCAAUUGAGAAUAACUUCGACACAACCACCUGCCCGUGGCUGAGGGUCGUCACCAACCGAACACAUUAUUAAGGAUGAAAUAACUGGCAAGUGUGCGCGGACUCGAAACGUCCUUGUUUCGCAAGAUAGUUCGCGUUUGCAUCGCUGUGUGCGCGCGCUGUCGGCGGGUUGUCAGCGUGCAUCUGGAGUGAGACUGUCUACUUCGCUCCGUAGGAUAAUCGAGCCUUAUAAUGAAUGCGUUAAGGACACUUGGAGUAAUGUCUUUAACUUAAAAGUGUUAUCACAACCAACUAUCGACAUUUGUGGGAUCGACCAUAAAUGGGAGGAUUCCUGAAACACUGACGCGGAAUCUGUGUCAAGAAAAUGUGGAUAAAACAGUGCAUCGCUCGCAGCUCGGUGUGUGUGCAGUGGGGACUGUUCUCCAUGUGCCUCCACGCGUGGCUGCUGCUGACUGUGCUGCACCUGGUGGUGGAUCUGUCCAUCUGUUCCCCGCUGGGCCAGGGGUCCUCCCUGAGACUGGGCCCAGCCCCGGGGCCUGGCGGUCGGGCUCGCGCUCCGCCGAUCUGGGCCCUGCAAGGGGUGGGGGGGCCGUACUGGAGGACUCUGGGAAACCUGCGCCGGAGCCCCCCCCCCUCCUCCUCGCACCCUGCCGUCCGCUCGCCAGCGGGAGACAAGGGGACCCACGGAGGAGGCCCCGAGCUGCGGUUGGCACGGCGACGGCGGGCAGUGCAGCCAGGUCGCAGGUGGGGGGCAGGCGGUGCUGAGCCGUCGCCCCUGGACUCGCUGGCGUUCUUGGAGGGGGGGCGCAGGGCAGGGGGGCGCCCCCGCCGGCAGCUGCAGCUGGACGAGGACCCCGGGGAGCACACCACCACCGUCUCCGGCUUCAUCGACUGGGGGCCCACUGGUGUCGACGAGGUUCCGGAGGAGGAGGGGCGUGCCCGAAACGGGGUGACAGUCACACGGCAAUCUGUCACCACGACGACCCCCGCCCCGACAACCACCACCACAACACAGAGCCCCAAGAGGACGCGCACGGAACACACCACCACACACACACCCCGCCGGCUAAGCACAACGUCCGCCAGCUCCGUACGCACUGCCCGGCCACCAAAGCACGACACGCCAGGUCUUGCUGUGCAUCAGAUCAUCACCAUCACUGUGUCUCUUAUCAUGGUGAUCGCCGCCCUCAUCACCACUCUGGUCCUUAAGAACUGCUGUGCGCAGUCAGGGAACGGCCGCCACAGUAGCCAUCAGCGCAAGAUCAACCAGCAGGAGGAGAGCUGCCAGAACCUGACCGACUUCACGCCGGCGCGCGUGCCCAGCAAGGUGGACAUCUUCACCGCCUACAACGACAGUUUACAGUGCCCGCACGAGUGUGUGCGCAACGCAGUGCCCAUCUACACCGACGAGAUGAUCCAGCACACACCCAUAUACAAGACAACCUACAACGGAAGCAGACCUUCGCCCAGCGAGAGGCAGCUUAUUCCUGUGGCCUUUGUGUCGGAGAAGUGGUUCGAGAUCUCCUGCUGAUCUCCAGGAUCCAUUUGGAAAACUUUUACACUGCGUGAAAACCAAUUACCGGAGCAGAAACAACACAAGGAGAAAAUGA